AUGAUUAUGUCUGGCAGCAGUGUACACACUGCUGCAAGCAGACGAUAUUCACAAGCGAAGCCUAGCAUCAAGAGCACGUAGAUUUUGUCAGUGCUCCAUUUUCAUUAGUUUUGAAUUAAAGUAGACAAGUGAACUUGCAAAUAAACUAAAUUUGCUACCAAGAGCGUAAAAUCAAACGAGUUUUACAAUGGCAAUACCGUUUUUCCAAAAGGAGUGGGAGACUAUCACGGCAGAAGAACUAUCAACUGCCAGAGCAAGAUUUGCUGGUUUCAUUGAAGCCGUGCCAGACAAGGAAAAGGUUUUACGCGAGCAAUUGGAAGCUUUACAAAAAAGUUUGAUGCCGGUCCAGGAUGGAAUAAUCGCAUUGAUUAAAUUGACGGCCAAAUUAACGAAGGAUACGGAAAAAGCUGAAGCCACCGCUGUAUUGGAAGAGCUACGUAAAGCUGAUGCAUCAAUGCGAGACCGUUUGUUUAUAUUACAGGUGUGGCGAAAAUAUGACCAGGAAACAGCAGACAAAUUUGCCAGGAGAAAAGCUGGUGAAUUCCUGGAUCCAGAUCUUGCCAAGGUCUUGGAGGAUCAAGAAAAGAGAGCUGACCGAAUCAAACGUGAACCGAAAGACAAACAAAUGUUUCGCAGUCAACCGAAACGAUUCCGAGGAUCAUACUACGAAGGUCACGGCUCAAAUUCACCAGACUUCAGUAGCCAACAACAUUUUGGGCGCGGUGGAUAUGGAUCACGAGGUCGUGGAGGAGGUACUAGAGGCAGAAAACAGCCAGGACCCGACAACAAAUGUCACAAGUGUGGAUCAACUGAGCAUUUCUUCAAGAAUUGCACAAAGAAUUGUACGGAAUUUAAUGAUGAUGAUACUAAAAAUGCUGACACAAUGACCCAACAGAAAGAAGCUCCUGUAGAGCAAAUUGACAUUGAACAUAAAGAGACACAGCAUGCCCAAGCUCAGUUCUCACCAGGAUCUAUCCACUCAGAAGAGGUCAGAGAAUUCUGGAAGAAGGAGCUAAAUGCAAAUGAGUGGGUGAUGUUGACACUGAAAGAAGGCUACGUUAUUCCUUUCAAAGAGUUCCCCCAGAAGUAUGAAGAACCCAAUAAUGUAUCGGCCAUUCGCGAAAUGACUUUCACGUACGAAACCGUUCUUGAAUUGAAGAAUUCUGGAGUAGUCAAGUUUAUCAAUGAAAAACCACACUGUGUGUCACCACUCACUGUCUCAUACAAGACCGGAAGAGACGGCUCAAUCAAGAAAAGACUUUGUUUGGACGGAUCGCGAUGCAUAAACAAAUGCAUAAAGGAGCAGAAGGUCACUCUCAGUCAUUUUCAAAGAGCCUUGGAGUUGACACGAGAGAAAGAUUACCAAGUGACUUACGACCUAAAAUCCGCUUACCACCACAUUAAAAUUCACCCUACACAAACCAAGUACCUCGGAGCAGCGGUAACAAAGCCGGAAGGGGACUUACAGUACUUCGUUUUCUUAUACCUCCCUUUUGGUUUAUCGUCGGCCGUCCAUUGUAUGACAAAAAUUCUCAAGCCAGUCAAUGCUUACAUACAUGGAAGAGGCAUCAGACACUCCAUAUACCUGGAUGAUGGGAGAAUCACGGCAGCAUCAAAAAUUCAAGCAGAGGAAAAUCGCAUCACAGUUUAUGAGACUCUACGGAAAGCUGGAUGGAUUCUAGAAAACAAAAAAUCAGAUCAAGAGGGAGACGCAAGUCAAUUAAAAGAAUACUUAGGAUUUCUUAUCGACACAAUCAAUAUGACUGUACGCCUAACAGAUGCCAAAAAACAACAGAUCCUCAAACAAGUAUGGGAGACAAUUUCUCUUGCAUCAAACAAGCUACCAGCCAAGGAAUUGGCAAAAACGUUAGGAAAAAUUGUAGCUACAGAACCAGCAUUGGGACCAGUCGUCAUCAUGGCAGCAAGAGCCGCAUAUUUAAGAUUGGAUGAAGCUGUGUGCGACCGAGGAUGGCACACACAGCUAACAAUGGACAAGGAAUCCAUUGACGGACUCACUUUCUUCGCCGAAAACUGCUCCAGUUUCGACAAUUCACCAAUCCGAUCAGCAGCUACGGAGAUUUCUGUGUUGUCAAUAAUCGGGCCACCAGAUAAUUUCAUCAAGAAAGGAUUUGUGGCUAAUCAUGCACGCACCGAUAAUGAAAAAAUUUGGGCCAGCGACGCGUCAGGAUACGCGACUUGUGCGUAUUCAAUAAAAGGUGACCACCUCUAUUUCCGAGGGACAUUGAAUGAGGAAGAGAGACAACUUUCAUCCGGCCACAGGGAACUUAUUGCUGUUACGAAGACCUUGAAAUAUUACGAGAGCACAAACGCGACUAAUUCUCAAGCCACAAAUGUUUAUUGGCUCACUGACAGUCAAAACAUGACCACCUUUCUUACCAAAGGGUCCAGCAAAGGCCCUAUUCAAAAAGAGGUGUUCGGCAUAAUGACCCUAUGCAAAAAACUGAACAUUAGAAUAAUCCCAAUCCACUUGUUACGUGACGAUCCACGCAUUAAGAUGGCAGACGACGGAUCGAAGAUGACGGAUACAGACGAUUGGCAGGUGGAUCACGAAACCUACCAAAGAAUCAACAGAAGAUACAGUUUCACUAUCGAUUUAUUCGCGUCUGACCGCAACACAAAGUGCCAGAAGUUUUUCUCAAACUUUUACUGCACGAACACUUUUGGCAUCGAUGCGUUCUCACACUCAUGGGAAGAUGAAGUGGCUUGGAUCUGCCCACCAAUUAGAGAAGUAAUCAGAACGAUAAGAAAACUGAAGAUGUCGAAAGUCAGCGGAGUCCUUUUCAUCCCCGAAUGGAAGACGGCGGAUUACUGGACAGAGAUUUUCGACAAAGAAGCUCAAUUAAUGUGGCCCUUUAAAUCUGUCGAAAUUCACAAACCCUACAUUAUCCAAGGUAUUCUCAGCUACAGAUCUCCUUUUACAGGACGAGCCAAAAUUAAUUUCCUUGCAAUUGAAUUUGACUCACACUAAGUGGAGACAAAUUAAAAUUUGUCUGGUUCAUUGAAUAAA